GCGCUAACCCGAAUCUCAACUUCACGGCAUACCAUUUGUUCCAACCAUCACCAUCCUUCAAUUGCAGUCGCUCGCAUUUUCUCGAGCGAUAAAAUAAGCAUGCUCCUCUACGAACCUGCAUGAAGGUCAGCUACUAGCGAGGAGGUGAGAGGAGACGAGAGCUCACGCUCUGGUUUAUGGAAAAAUCAAGUAAACUAAGAUGCAUUAUGCAAAGUCGAUAACGAAUAUCGAAUAUGGGAAAGGACAUGCCAAUAGAAGUAUGUAUGGAGAAGUAUCAAAGACAGCGGUCACAGGAAAUCCAUUGACACGAUUCAUGUAUGUUCUGCAUCAUUUCAUCAUCCCAAACAAACGUUCUUGAAACUUCCCGCAGCGCAACAAAUAUACCAAGUAUGGCACGUAUUCUGGAAGGACUUUGAAGCACACAUGGGGACGCUGUCAACGAAGAAUCCUGUGUCCAAACAAACGGUCUAUGCCCAGCCUGCGGCUUCCGGAGUACCUUUUCUCGCACCCAUGACCCUUUCAUCGGGAGUCCUUCACUAUUUAUGUGGGUCUUUUCUCAUGCCGAAUGCGCCUCGCGGCCACAUGCUUCAAAGGUUAUCGAAGUAUAACUUGCGAGCCGAAUAUGCUCCAAGUUAUGUAGUCUCACUUCGGUGGUUGACUUCAAGAACAGCUUUAGCUCAAUAAUCGUCGCUGCCAUGCCUUCUCCGUUGCAAGAUGUGGAAAGGAGACGUCCUGCGUUUGUUUUGACCUUGGCUGAAGUCGAGCUACUGGCUAUCGUCGGUGUAGGUUUCUUCCUUGAUGCCUACGACCUUUUCAUUAUCAACCCCGUCUCCACAAUGCUCCAAUACCGAUUGUACGGUGGAAAUUUGUUGCCCCCACGGCUCGAGGGUUUGAUGAAAGCAAGCGCCAACAUAGGCACUGUCAUCGGACAACUCCUCUUCGGCUAUCUCGCUGACUCACUUGGCAGAAAGGCCGUUUACGGAAAAGAACUGAUGGUCAUCAUCAUCGCGACUAUUCUCUGCCUCACUACCCCAACCGGCCAAAUCUCCCCCGACUCGUGCUUGAUAUACCUGAGCAUCUUCCGUAUCCUCGUUGGAGUCGGAGUCGGUGGUGACUACCCCUUGGCAGCCAGUAUCAUCUCUGACCGGGCCAACCUUCGUAAACGAGGAACGCUGCUUGCAUACAUCAUUUCCAACCAAGGAUGGGGCUCGUUUGUGGGCUCUUUGGCAACGAUUAUUGUGUUGGAAUGUUACAAACAUGUCAUGAAUGUCGAGGGGAAGACGAGUAAAGUGGAUGGGGUUUGGAGGAUAAUCGUUGGGAUCUCUCUCAUUCCUGCGUUUGGAACGCUGUAUCAACGGGUGACGAUGCCUGAGAGCAAGAGAUUUGAGGCGUCGAAGGAUUUGGAGCAGGAGAAGAAUCUGAUGGAGCUGAAGCUGGCGAAUGAGCGGACGGAGGGAUUUCAUGUUAAAUCUUCCAGUUCUGGCCUGGAUACGUCGAAAGAGGAAGCGGCUGCCACGGCGGAGUUUAACAUAGAUGAGAUUCCGGAAGCGAGAAAGGAACGAGCGCAGUUCAGAGAAUUCUGCCGAUACUUCUCCGAGUGGCGCCAUCUAAAACUACUCAUCGGAACUAGUAUGUGCUGGUUCCUCCUCGACAUUGCAUUCUAUGGUAUCAACCUAAACCAAAAUUUUGUGUUACAACAGAUCGGUUUCGACGGCAAGACAGGAACGGCAUGGGAAAGGUUGUUCAACGUUUCAACGGGUGGAAUCAUCAUCACCGCUUUAGGCUUCGUACCUGGCUACUGGGCAACUAUCUUGACCAUUGAAACUCUCGGGCGAAAGAAGAUACAGCUCCACGGGUUCUUGUUGGCAGCUCUAUUUUUGGGCAUCCUGGCUGGGAAGUUUGAUACUCUUAGCCACGCUUCGUUCAUUGUGUGCUUCGCGCUCCUCCAGUUCUUUUUCAACUUUGGGGCGAACAUGACGAUCUAUAUCAUCCCUGCUGAAUUAUUCCCGACCCGAUUCCGCGGGUUCGCACAUGGGAUUUCCGCUGCGGCUGGUAAAGUCGGAGCCAUGAUCUCUGCUUUGGCGUUCAACCAGUUGAGCAAGGAUAUUGGGACACCUGCUGUUCUUUGGAUUUUCUUUAGCGUUUGUAUCCUUGGUGCAUUGUUUACGUUACUCCUACCGGAGGUUAAAGGACGAGAUCCCGAUCUUAUUCUUGCGGAGGAGAUUAGGGAGGCGAGGAGAGACGUAGGAAACGGUGCUUGACCG